AUGGUCACGCAACAUGGAGACGCCCGCUGCUACACGCCCACGGGCGAUGACGGGAAUCCCUCUACUCCUCCUCCACCAUACAGACGCAGACCGCCUCCUCCUCGACUCAGGCUGGACAGCUCGACUGCUGCACCCCAUCCCACGACUCCCACUGCAUACGCCAAAGCCGCCUCUGCUCGCUUCCCACCUGCUGAGCCCUCUCCCACGGGUCCUCGCGGUCCGGGGCGAAAUGGGCCGCCGUUCAUGCCACCAGCUUCAGCCACUCUCCCUCCCCACGGCGGAAUGCCGUACCCAAGACCGCCAUUGAGGUCCCCCACGUUUCCCGCGGGGCCUGUCGAGGAUACACCGCAAUGGCCGUUGGGGAACCAGGACCCAGUUCAAGCCGGAUACGCAACGCCAACCACCAGCUAUAGCAGACCGCCCCUUCGCAUUUCCAUGUCGACGUCGACGCUACGCAGCAAAUACCGGGCUCCCCAUGCUGGUGAGCAUCAUCCGAUGGACGCUGGUCCCCGUGGCCGUGCGAUGCCCCGAUUUGCGCCCCAGGUGGCAUCGGAUUUGCAGGACAAUGAUCCCUUGCGGUCCAGUCAAACGUCCGGGAAGACAUCCUGCUCCAGCAUCGAGCAGAACAGCGGAACGGAGCGCAGCAGUGUCUUGACCAAAAGCAGCUCCAUCACCGACCUCUCGCCAGACACGCCAGUUGGGGGCUACGAGCAGGAUGGGGGGAUGAGCGUGGAGGAUGCAAUUGACCUGUAUCUGGACGACAUUAUCGAUGUCCCGGAGGAUUCUGACACGGUCCAGGCGGUGCCUCAGGUGUAUGAUACGGUGCAGGAAUUUUCUCCUUUACCCGAGAAACCUGCCCCGCCGGAGAAUUCUCACGAGGAGCUGGACCAGAAGGUCGACCAGAAAUUAGAUGAACAGUUGGACGAGAAGGAAGAAAAGGACGAGAAGAGCGAGCAGACUGUCGAGAAAUUGGACGAAAAGUUGGAAGAAGGACUGGACGAGAAGCCGGAUGACAGGCCAGGGGUGGAGGGGAUUGGAGUAGCGAUAGAUAGGCCCAUACAAGAGACGACACCCGGACCCGUGCAAAAUCUCCAAGUGCAAGACCCCGAACCGGCGCCUGCCAGUCCGCAGUCAGCCAGUCCGAGGGAGUCUAAGGUGGUCGAACUGCCCGGAGUGGUUCCUCCGCCGUUACUGUCCGGCAAGGAUGCCCAUGAUCGAUAUGGCUUUCGCAAGGACACGCACUACGUCACGCGUUCGCAGUUCGACUCGUGGAACGGGCCGUAUGCGAACUUUGUGGAGCACCGGCGAUUGAAGUGGGUUGAGCUUCUGGAAGCAAGCGGAUUGCCUACGCAGUCGCCGGUGACCUUCCCGCCCAAGUCGUCCAAGGUCAAACGAUACGUCCGCAAGGGGAUUCCGAGCGAGUACCGCGGACCCGCGUGGUUCUAUUACGCCGGCGGGUUCGAGCACAUGCAUCGCCAUCCCGGACACUAUGAGCAGCUGGUUCGACAGGCCAUGGAAUCGCCCAGCAACGAUGACAAGGAGCACAUCGAGCGGGAUCUCCAUCGGACGUUUCCGGACAACGUCCAUUUCAAGCCUGAGAUGCCGGCCAUCCCGGAGGACGCUGGGGCGGGAAGCAGCAACCCCAAGUACCGAUCGGUGAUUUUUGAGACGCAGAUGAUCCGAUCACUGCGUCGCGUGCUGUACGCGUUUGCCCUGCACAACCCCCGGAUCGGGUAUACGCAGUCGCUCAACUUCAUCACGGGACUUCUGCUGCUGUUUCUUCCGGAAGAAAAAGCUUUCUGGAUGCUGCACAUCAUCACGACGGACUACCUGCCGGGGACGCAUGAGAUCAGCCUGGAGGGGGCCAACGUGGAUCUGUGGAUUCUGAUGGUGCUGUUGAAGGAGACGCUGCCGGGGAUUUACACCAAGAUCGCCAGCAGCGGGCCGACGACGUCGCGAGCCAAGCCGCCGGCGCUGACGGUGCAGACGCGGCUGCCGGACAUCACGCUGGGGCUGACGAACUGGCUGAUGUCGCUGUUCAUUGGCAGCCUGCCGUUGGAGACGACGCUGCGGGUGUGGGAUUGCUUCUUCUACGAGGGGUCGAAGACGUUUUUCCGGGUGGCGCUGGCGAUCUUCAAGGCGAGCGAGCGCGAGAUCCUGGCGGUGUCAGAUCCGAUGGAGGUGUUCCAGAUCGUGCAGACGGCGCCGAAGAAGCUGCUGGACGCGAACGCGCUGAUGGAAGAGAGCCUGGCGCGGAAGUACCGGGUCGGACAGCGGCGGAUCGACGAGCUGCGGGAGGAACGGCGGGCGGCGAUCCGGCAGGAGAAGAUGCGCCUGUCGCUGGUGACGGGCAAGGCGCUGGGCGAGCCAUCCGGACGGCCGGGCGCGAGGAGUCCUCUUCCGCGGGAGAUAGCCGAUACGUGGCGGCAUGUGCGGCAUCCAUUCAAGCAUCAUCAGCAGCAGCAGCAACAGCAGCAUGAUGACCAGCAGGAGCAGCAGCAGGCAGGUAGAUGA